AUGAAGGCUUACGGCAGCGUGCUGCACAGUGCUGUCGUGGUGACGCUGCAGCAGGCUGGUGUGGGCGGUCGCAUGCUCCUCUGGAUCCAGGACUUCCUCUCGUCACCGUCCUUCUUUGUUCGCACUUCUGAUGGUGACACCCGAUCCUUCUCCGUCUGCCGCGGGGUCCCACAGGGUAGUGUGCUUAGCCCUCUUCUCUUCAACAUCAUUAUGGCUUCCCUACCGGCCCUCCUACGCGACCACACCACAGUCUACGCGGACGACAUCUGCCUCUGGACGUACAGCCGGCGCCGCGAUGUGAUCCAACGCCGUCUCCAAGGAGCCCUCGACACGAUCGUCGCAUACCUUUCUGAUCGUGGGUUGUCUGUCUCCCCAACCAAAACUGUCGCCAUGGCAUUUACCCGUCGCUCCUUCCGCAGCUUCCCACUCCACGUCGCAUGGUCUCCAGGGCAUUUUGCACCGAGCUACAGGUACCUGGGCAUCAUUAUCGACAGGGGCCUGACCUGGUUGAAGCAGCUCAAAUGUCUCUCUUUCAAAUGUCUCUCUUCUCAGGUAAACAACGUCGCCAGCGUUCUUCGUCGCGUCUCUGGAAUGUCGUGGGGCCCUACGUGUGCCGACCUUAGGUCUGUCCACUGCUCCCUUGUACUUGGAACGCUGCGCUACAGCCUCCCCAUCUUACCUGGACUAGGCAGAGUUAGCGAACGGGAGUUCCUCAACCUCCAGGCCCGCAGCCUUCGUGUCUGCCUGGGCGUCCCUAAGACGACAGAGACCAUCUCCGUUCUCGCAGAGGCGAGGGAGUCACCGAUGCCCACCUUGCGUGACAAGGAGACCCUCCGCAUAUACACAAGAUAUCACCAUGGAGUGCCCAUCGUCCGUUUUCGGGUCAUGCGUUCUGCGGCUGAGGACGGCUAUUCCCUCGCCCUCGAACAUGCCGUCUCACCCCCUCCCACGUGGACCCUCGCUACUCCUCCCGUGUACUCCAUCAUACCUGGCGCCUUCAAAAAAGGCAACCACGCUCCGGUCGCUUUGCUUAAACUCGUGCUGGAACACCUUAGUAACGUGCAUUCCCGAAGACUAGCCGUCUACACGGACGCGUCGGUUUCCGCGGGCGCCUCUACUCUAGCCGUUGUUGUGCCUUCUGAAAAUUACGAACUAGCACUCAAGCUUCCUCACGAGACAUCCUCCACCGAAGCAGAGCUCGCUGCCAUCAAUGAAGCCCUGAAACUUAUAUCAACGAGGCCCCCAAACAACUGGACUGUGCUUACGGACAACAAGGCGGCGCUGCAAAUAUUAUGUUCUCCUUGCUCCAAGAUCGUCACAGACAUCUGCUCCCUAGCCCUCACGACAUACAGCCGUCUCACCGCCUCCGGCCACAGCGUGUGGCUUCAAUGGGUCCCCAGCCACAUCGGCCUGCCGGGAAAUACCCACGCUGACGCUGCGGCGAGAGGCGCGCACGGGGCAGCUGCCACCGCUGUGACCACCACCAUUCCUCUCACUCCAUCGGCCUGCCUGAUACAGAUCCGCCGCCAGACGUCUCGCAGCACCCUCGCGUUUAGCUCAAACGCUGUAGCGGAAAACACGUUCCUCCACUCCAUCGACCCGAGGAUAGAACUCACCCUCUCCCAGCAGCUGUCGCGACAGGAGGAGUCGAUCCUCCAUCGCCUACGCCUCGAUGUUGCCCUGACUCCGCUGCUCCUCUCUAAGAUGGAUAGACGGACGUCCGCGAUGUGUCCCUGCAGUCGCCGACAUAUGCCAUCUUUUGUUGCACUGCAAGCGGUACGCCGGCCCCCGAGCCGUUCUCGCCUCAAGUCUCACUUCCCUAGGACACAGGGAUCUUUCCCUGGCGACGCUGCUGGGACCACUCCGGACAGUGGGCAGUCACCCGAGCCCUCCUGCGCUACCUGA